AUGCGAAGAACUAUUAACCCACGAUCAUACGACGACCUGCUGAUGGUUGCUGAUGCUAUAAGAAGUCAGCUUGGUUCGAAAGCCGAUGUUGAGGUCGGAAUCAUCUGCGGAUCUGGGCUUGGACCAAUAGGAGAUCAAGUAGAGGAUCCUGUCGUGUUACCGUACGAGAAAAUUCCUGGAUUCCCUUCUGUUAAAGGUGAGCGUAUGAUUUUCUUGAAAUCAGGUACAAUCUCCCUAGACAACUGCCAUUUUGGGCAGAAAAAGCACCUCCACGUGGUAGCAGACAUGACGAAUCGUUUCGCUGAUUAG